AUGGAGAAUGAUGACGACGUAUAUGACGAAUUCGGAAACUAUAUUGGAGAAGGGUCAGAGCCAGAGGAAGAUACGACUAAUGGUGAGACAUAUACAUCAAACAAUAAGGAUGCCAUAGAAACUGAUCCAGAAGAAAAUGAAUUCUCCCAUCAAGCAAUAGUGAAGUCCUCCAUCCCAGCAAACGACUCGGAAAUAAUUUAUGUACAACAAACUCAACCAGACUCAGUCGAUGAGCCAAUUAUUAAACCUGAAUCCAUAGAACGAACGAAAAUAACAAUAGAUGAAAAAAAUCUACCACCUACCACCUACACCGUAGAAUCAAUUGUUGAGGUCAUGCAUGACAAACCAGAAAGAAUAAGGAACUUUGCAAUAGUUGGAGGAAUACAUACUGGUAAAACAUGUUUAAUUGAUCAAUUCAUAAACAAAACUCAUCCCACUAUUAAUAAUCAAAAAUCAAAUAAUCAUAAGUUCAUGAGACCAUUGAGAUAUAUGGAUUCGUAUAAAAUUGAAAUUGAAAGGGAAAGUACGAUCAGAACUAAAGAUGUGACACUACUAUUAAAUGAUUCAGAAAACCAAUCGUAUUUAUUUAAUAUUUUAGAUACUCCCGGUCAUAUUGAUUUCAAUGAUGAAACCAUUGCAGGAUUAGAAUUAAGCGACGGUGCUGUGUUAGUUCUUGAUGUACUUGAAGGCCUUACCUUGAGAGAUCAAAUUAGAUUAGACGAGAUUUUAAAAAGGAAUCUAUCGCUAGUUCUUGUCAUUAAUAAGAUUGAUAGAUUGAUCCUAGAAUUAAAAUUACCUCCAAAAGAUUCAUAUCUAAAAAUUUUCAACGUAAUAGACGACGUCAAUGAUUACAUUUUAAACAAUGAGUACCGCAACAAACACAAUCAUGUUGCACCAUUAUCACCCUUGGACGAAAACGUUAUAUUUGCAUCAUCCAACUUUGGCAUCUCAUUCACCUUGAGGAGCUUUUUGAAACUUUAUAAGCAUAGAUUGCCAAAAGGGAAAGAGAAUGAGUUCAUUAAAAAAUUGUGGGGGGAUUUUUAUUUCAAUUAUGAAACUAGCUCGAUUGUUACAAAUUCAGAAGGAGGUAAAUAUCAAAGAACGUUUGUUACUUUCGUUUUAGAUGCAAUUUACCAAACGGCUAUUUACACCUUAACUUCAGAGCCGUCCGACCAUAAAAAACUAGCCACCAUUUUAUGGGAAAAUUUUAGAAUUGGACUACCAAAAGCAGAGUACAAGAAGGACAUCAAGAUUUUAUUAAAAACAGUCUUCAGUACAAUUUUUGCAAAAGAUUCUGGUUUUGUUGAUUCAAUAAAAAAGUCAAUCUCCGCUCCGAAUAUAACGCCAUUAGAAAAGAACACCCCGAUGUUGGGGAAAGUGACAAAAUUAGUUGAUUCAACAGACGGUCAAAGCUUUUUGGGUUUAACUAGACUUUAUACUGGUAGGUUGAAGGUAGGAGAUACUGUAAAGGUAUGUAUUGAAGAUGUAAAUGAUGAAACAAAUCAAUUUAUUUACAAAGAUGAAAUUAUUAAAGGUUUGUACAUACCUGUUGGAAGGUACAAUUUACCAGUUGAGGAGAUUAGAUCAAGCACAACUCUUUUGAUUGAAGGAAUUGACUCCAUCAUAAAGAAAGGAGCCACAAUAAUAUCUCCAAAUAACUUGAAAGAUACAGUUUUCAAAUUACCAAACUACGACAUUACUUCAGUACUAAAAGUUGCAAUUGAACCAAUGAACCCCAUGGAUCGACCGCGCUUACUCAAAGGUUUAAACAACAUAUCAAAAGCCUACCUCUCAUCAGUUAUCAGGGUUGAAGAAAAUGGAGAAAACAAUAUUUAUGCACCGGGUGAAUUUUACAUGGAUUGUGUGUUGAACGACUUAAGGUUUUACAAUAAUAAUAAUCUUAAAAUCAAAGUAAGUGAUCCCAUGACCAAAUUUUCCGAAACAUGUCAAGAAACUUCAUUCACUUAUAUUCCAAUCACGGCAAAUAAUAAAAGUUUGGACAUUGCAAUUGUAGCAGAACCAAUGAGUGAUCCAAAUAUAAGUUACGAAAUUGAAAAGGGUACAGUAAAUGAGCAACAAUCUAGAAAAGAAAUGUCAAUGAUAUUGAAUCACAAUCAUAAAUGGGAUUUGAAAAGCUCGAGAUCAGUAUGGUCCUUCGGACCGAAUGAUUUAAUUGGUCCAGACAUAUUGAUGGAAGAUCUUGAUGAAACGACUUUAAAUAAUGAACAAUUGAAAAAAAUUAGUCUAAUCAAGAACUCAAUAAUUAGAGGGUUCAAAUGGGCAACAAAUGAGGGACCUUUAAUUAAUGAACCAAUACGAAACACCAUGUUCAAGUUAGUGCAUAUAAAUUUUGACAGCAAUGAAGAUUCCGAUCUUAAUCCUGCCCAAAUUAUACCAUUAGUUCGAAGGUCUUGCUUUAUAGCUUUAUUAACAGCAAAACCAAAGUUGAUGGAACCAAUCAAUAAAUUUGAAUUUAUUUGUUUUUAUAAAGCCAUUCAUGUUAUUAAGAAAAUUUUAGGAGAAAGAAGAGGAUGGGUAACAAGUCAGAUUGGAAUAGAGGGAACACCAUUGUAUAAAUUACAAGGUUUCAUUCCUGUCAUAGAUAGUUUUGGAUUUCAUUCAGAUUUGAAAUUAUAUUCUGCUAAUAAGAUCAAAACUAGUAUGAUUUUCAGCCAUUGGGAGUUGGUGCCUGGCGACAUUUACGAUUUUGAAGCGGAAUUACCACAUUUGAAACCAGCUCCUAUAAAUUCAUUGUCUCGUGAUUUUUUAAUGAAAACUAGAAGAAGAAAAGAUUUAACUGGUGAACCAACUUUACAAAAAUAUAUUGACAUGGAAAUUUAUGAGAAAUUGAAAUCAAAGGGUUUAGCUGUAUGA